AUGAGUACUAAUAUAAGUGCUCAUGAUUACAAUAAUAUCAGCAUUACAAUCCUUGACAGUGCAGUAGCUGAAGCAAAAGGAGCAGUUUGUUUAGAUGGAAGCCCACCAGCUUAUUAUCAUGCGAAAGGAUUUGGAGAUGGCGCCAAUAAUUGGUUUCUUUAUCUCGAGGGGGGUGGUUGGUGUAUCUCAGAUGAAGAUUGUGCCGUUAGAUUAACGGAUAGAAGUGGGAGCUCCAAAUAUAAACCCAAGUCCGUUUACUUUGGACAGAACAAAAGCCAAAACCAAACGGAGAAUCCAGAUUUCUAUAAUUGGAAUAGAGUCUAUGUUGGAUACUGUGAUUGCUCUUCGUAUAUGGGAGACGUUGAAUUAAAAACCAACGUUACUCGUAGGGGUGCGAGGGUUUUUAAUGCCAUCAUGGACGAUCUUUUAGCUAAAGGAAUGUCGAACGCCGAAAAUGCCAUACUUUCAGGUGGCUCAGCCGGUGGAUUGGGCGCCAUGUUGCAUUGCGACGGCUUCAGUGAACUUCUACCUAAUGCUAAGCGAGUGAAGUGCAUUUCCGAUUCCGGUUUUUUCAUCCAUGCGAAACAUCUUCCAGGAGCCGACAAAAGAGCUGAAUAUUAUGCCAAUGUAUCUGCAUAUCAUGGUAUACGCGUUGACUCUUUGCCUUCGUCAUGCACGUCAAGAAUGGACGAGACCUUGUGCCUUUUACCUGAGAAUAUUAUCAGAGAUAUCAAGACGCCCCUCUUUAUAGUCGAAACAGCUUUUGACCAAUAUCAGUUAGCGUUAAACUACUUCUCAAAUGAGUCCACUUGGUGGAAUUGCACUAAUAAUAUAGAAGUUUGCACGCCUUCUCAACUACAAACCAUAAAAGAUUACGGCGUAGCACUUCGACAAACAUUGCAAGAAAUAAGUGAUACUACAUCUGUUGGAAUAUUCGUUCACCCUUGCUUCCGUCACGGUCACUUCUACGAGAAAUCAGGCUGGGAAGGGUCAUUUAUAUUGGGAGACAAGACAAUUGCACAGGCGGUUGGUGAUUGGUUUUUCGAUCGAGCUUCUUUCCAAGUAAUAGACUACGAUAAUGAGCUGCCACGUUUCCGUAACUGCUCCAAGUUCAUUGCUUCUUCAUAUAUAUGA